UACGAAUAAGUAAUACCUGGCAAUACAGUCUCGAACACGUGUUUGAAAUUUAAAAGAUUAGUUCAAGUACGAACCGAUAGGACAACUGUCCGUUCGCGCGAUCAAUUUUUGUCAUUGUUUAUAUACGCAAACGAUACACGAGGUACACGGUACACAUUCCAAAGUUAUUAGGAAGAAACCGGGAAAGCUGUUAAUAAUCGCAUAUAAAAAAUGUUCUCUAAUAGCCAAAAGUUAAACGAUCAUGUCGUAAAGUGUCCGUACGAUAAUCAUUUAAUUUCAAGAUCUCGUAUUCAAAAGCACCUUGUCAAAUGUGAAAAAAGAUUUCCAACAAAUUAUAAAGUCAUGUGCCCGUAUGAUGCUACUCAUCGCAUUUUUGAGCACGAGCUAAAGGAGCAUGUCCUCACAUGCUUAUCGCGCGGUGCUCUUUGGCCCGAAAGUUUUUGUUCAGCGACGGGAGACCAUGGCUCUCUGAAUUUCGAUUUAUACACAGACUGUUCAAGCAUGGUUGAUGGUAAUGAUGAAUGUUGGGAUCAUGAUAAAUGUCCUGUUUCGAGCGUAAAAACUGCAGAAACAAAUGAUGAAGCAGUGUAUUUACAAAAGCAUGCUUCUGAAUUGGGAUUAGAAGAAACAACUGAUGAUUGUAAACCUCUGAGAUAUCCCCGGGGCUAUCCUGAAGCUGCAUUGAUAGAAGAACCUGAGGGUUCUGUUAUUGAAGAUAAUCAAUCCAUAAUUAGUUCUAUGGGUAUUGGCAGAGGAACACUGUUACAAAACUACAAAAUGUCGAAAAGAUUUGGAUUCGGUAGAGGAAAAUCACUGAUAGAUGAAUAACGACAACAGAUGUACAGAAGCAUGAUGACAGCAACGACAAAGGAUAAGGAGGAUUAAAAGACAGGGACUCAGUAUUAUUUAAAUAUUAUAUUUUACUAUGUAAUGUACAAUAUGUAGGUUGUCACUUACAUUUACUUAUCUAACUUUUGUUUAAUUUCGUGAACCUUUUUUACUUUAGUUACAAUACUUGAAAUAUUUACAAAUAUGAUGUGAAGGUUUUUACAGAAAAUAAAUUUUCUUUAAAAACAAAUAAAUUUCAAGUGAAACAUGAGUCGUAUAUAUGUAUAAGUAAAUUAGAAUACAGAUUAUUUGUGAAACGAUGCGACUUGGAUGAUUGUUGGCAAUCCAUAACAUCCUUAAAUGCUUCAUUUCGUUUCUUUGUAACGCGACAUUAAUAAUUGCUACAAUAUGAUGAUUAUCAAACGUUUUAUGAUUAUAAUGUAUAAAAUAAGAAUACAUAACAAAUAACAUAUAUUUCCUGACCAUUGAUAA